CCAGCGUUCGACAUCACUUUCUGGCUCGAGAUCAACAAUAUUAUUUUUUGGGAUCCAUGAUGACAAAGUGACUGAUUACCAAGAGAUUUAUUUCACCCAUAAGGAUGUUACAUUCAGUUUGUGAAUCUUUUUCUUCCAUCUCGUUUGUAGGGGCACGUCACAGGUGUUGGUAAACCAGAAAAGCAGGAUGAACCUCUCUGAGGAGAGUGAGGAAGACAGUUUGACCUCUUUAAAGCAUUUAUGUCCAAUUCAGCAGGAGAGAUCAGACUCUCCGAUACCCAGUUGUAUGUCCAUGAAGAGUGACAGGUCUAUCCAUCCUCCACCAGAGUUCAAAGAUAGAGACUCCUCAUCUGGACACAGUGCAAUCCAGCAGGAGAGAUCAGACUCUCCAAUAUUCAGCUGUGCAUCCAUGAAGAGCGACAGGUCUAUCCAUCCUCCACCAGAGUUCAAAGAUAGUGACCCCUCAUCUGGACAUAGUCAAAUCCAGCAGGAGAGAUCAGACUGUCCAGGACCCAGCUGUGUGUCCAUGAAGAGUGACCGGUCUAUUCAUCCUCCACCAGAGUUCAAAGACAGAGACCCCUCGUCUGAACACAGUUUAAUCCAGCAAGAGAGAUCAGACUCUCCAGAACCCAGCUGUGUGUCCUUGAAGAGUGACAGGUCUAUUCAUCCUCCACCAGAGUUUAAAGAUGGAGACCCCUCAUCUAGAUACAGUCAAAUACAGCAGGACAGAUCAGACUCUCCAACACCCAGCCUUGUGUCUGUGAAGAGUGAUGCAUGUAUUCAUCCUGAGUUUAAAGAUAGAGACCCCUCAUCUGGACAUGGGUCUGUUCCUGCAUAUGCUGAAAAAGAAACCCAAGAGGACUUCAAAUUAACUCUGAAAAAUAAGUUUCAGUGUUUAAGGGAGAUAACAACAACCAAGGUAAACCCAACACUUCUCAGUGAGAUCUACACUGAGCUCUACAUCACAGAGGGAGACUGUGGAGAGGUCAAUAAUGAACAUGAGGUCAGACAGAUCGAGGCAGCAUCCAGGAGAACUACAACAGAGGACACAGCAAUCAAAUGCAAUGACAUCUUUAAGCCUUUAUCUGAACAAGACAAACCCAUCAGAACUAUGCUGACAAAGGGAGUCGCUGGCAUUGGAAAAACAGUCUCUGUGCAGAAGUUCAUUGUGGACUGGGCUGAAGAUAAAGCAAAUCAGGAUGUCCAGUUCAUAUUUCCACUUCCUUUCAGAGAACUGAACCUGAUGAAGGACCAAAAACUCAGUUUACUGGACCUUCUUCAUAAAUGUUUUAAGGAGACAAAAGAAAUGGAAAUAUCCAGCUUGCACAAACCAGUGUUCAUUUUUGAUGGUUUGGAUGAGUGUCGUUUACCUCUUGAUUUUCAGAGCAGAGUGAAUAUCUGUGAUGUUACUCAGCCAUCGUCAGUGGACAUGCUGCUGAUAAACCUGAUCAAGGGGAAUCUGCUUCCCUCUGCUCUCAUCUGGAUAACCUCCCGACCUGCAGCAGCUGAGCAAAUCCCCUCUGAGUGUGUGGAUCGAGUGACAGAAGUACGAGGGUUUACUGACCCACAGAAGGAGGAGUACUUCAGGAAGAGGAUCAGUGAUCAGAGUCUGGCCAGUAAAGUCAUCAAACAUCUAAAGAAAUCAAAAAGCCUCUGCAUCAUGUGCCACAUUCCUGUGUUCUGCUGGAUUUCAGCGACUGUUCUAGAGAGGAUGCUGGGUGAAGCAGAGAGUGGAGAGAUCCCCAAAACUCUGACUCAGAUGUACACACACUUCCUCAUCAUUCAGACAAAAAUCAUAAGAGAAAAAUACACAAAGAACCAGAAGACAGAUGAAGACAUGCUUCUCAAAAUGGGACAACUGGCUUUUCAGCAGCUGAGGAAAGGACACCUGAUCUUCUAUGAGGAAGAUCUGAGAGAGUGUAGCAUCGAUGUUGAAGAAGCAUCAGUGUACUCAGGUGUGUGUACACAGAUCUUCAGAGAGGAAUCUGGGCUGCUCCAGAGUAAAGUGUACUGCUUUGUUCAUCUGAGUGUUCAGGAACAUCUUGCAGCUCUAUAUGUGCACCUGACCUUCAUGAACCAGAAGAGAAAUGUGCUUAAACAGAGUCUGUUCUCUAAACGUAACAGCCUGAAAACAAAAAUCUCAGAUGUUCACAGGAGUGCUGUGGAUCAGGCCUUACAAAGUAAGAAUGGACAUCUGGAUCUUUUCCUUCGCUUUCUACUGGGUUUCUCACUGGAGUCUAAUGAGACUCUCUUACAUGACUUAGUGACACAGAGAGGAAGUAGCUCCUACAGCAAAGAGGAAACAGUUCAGUACAUAAAAAAGAAGAUCAAAGAGAAUUCAUCUGCAGAGAAAUCCAUCAAUCUGUUCCACUGUUUGAAUGAAUUGAAUGACCAUGGUCUAGUUGAGGAAGUUCAGCAGUACCUGAAGUCUGGAGAUUUGCAAACAGGCAACCUCUCUUCUUCGCAGUGGUCGGCUGUGGUCUUUGUGUUACUGACAUCAUCACAGAAGAUUGACGUAUUUGAUCUGCAUAAAUACACCAAAUCGUACAGUGGUUCGGAAGACGUUUUUUUGAAGCUACUACCUGUGGUUGCAGCAUCCAGAACAGUGCAUCUUACAAAUAGUAAUCUGAAAAGGAAAAGCUGGGCAGCUCUGGCCUCAGUGAUAAGCUCGGAAUGCUCCAGUGUGAGAGAGCUGCAUCUGUCUAGAAAUGAACUGGGAGAUUCAGGAGUGAAGCUACUUUCUGCUGGACUGGAGAAUCUUCACUGUAAACUGGAGACACUUUGGUUGUUGGAUUGUAAUAUCACAGUUGUAGGCUGUCCUGCUCUGGCUUCAGCUCUGAAAUCAAACCCCUCACAUUUGAAAGUACUGGAUCUGUCUAGGAAUAAAAUAGGAAACUCAGGAAUAAAGCUGCUCUCUGCUGGACUGGAGGAUCCUCAUUGUAAAGUGAAAACACUAAAGUUGGAGUGUUGUAAUAUUACAGAUAAAGGCUGUGCAGCUCUGGCUUCAGUUCUGGCUUCAAACCCCUCACAUCUAAAAGAGCUGAAUCUAUAUGGGAAUAAACUAGGAGAUUCAGGAGUGAAGCUGCUUUCUGUAGAACUAGAGAAUCCUCAAUGUAAUCUGGAGAUACUGUGGCUGCGCUAUUGUAAUAUCACAGAUGAAGGCUGUGCUGCUCUGGCCUCAGCUCUAAAAACAAACCCCUCACACCUGAGAGAACUGCAUCUAUCUGGGAAUAAACUUGGAGAUUCAGGUGUGAAGCUGCUCUCUGAUGUACUACAGAAUCCUCUCUGUAAACUGGAGAUACUGUGGCUACAGUUUUGUAACAUCACAGACGAGGGCUGUGCUGCUCUGGCUUCAGCUCUGAAGUCAAACCCCUCACACCUUAAAGAGCUGGAUCUGUCUGGGAAUGUCAGAAUAAAGACAGGAUGUCGGCUGUUGCUUGCUAUUAAGCAUGAUAACCAUUACAGGCUACAAGACCUAAGAUUGAUAUUUAAUCCUGUGGAUUAACAUUGUUGACAAGAACAAAUCACAAAAACAAGAAAGUAGCUUGUGAAUGUGUGUGAGGUGUUCUGGUAGAAAAGGAAAUGUGAAGUCUGUGUAAAUAAAAUUAAAAUGUGUGGACCAUGGAGAAUCUUAUAGUCUUGUUUUGUGAAUUUUGUGAUAAAAAUUGACUAAAUACACAUGGCUAUUACAGUAAAGCCUAUACUGAGUUUAAGACUAUACUAUGUUUAUUAG